AGGUGGAACAAACCGAACGAACGGAGACAAAAGCUCAAUGGUGGGCACCCGCAGGCAUGAGGUGACGCCGAGCCUGGCCUGAGGUAGAACGCGCCAGGAGCAGUGGAAGGGAGGGGCCGGGAGAAUGGCCGCCUCGGUAGGGCCCCAAGGUGGCCCACGGGCUCCGGCAGCUCCGGCUCCGACAUCCAUGCCCGACACACCGGACUUAAGCCACCUCACUGAGGAGGAGAGGAAGAUCAUUCUGGCUGUAAUGGCGCGCCAGAAAGAGGAAGAGGAGAAGGAGCAAGACAUGUUAAAGACGCUUCAUCAGCAGUUUGAGAGCUAUAAGGAGCAGGUGCAGCGGAUCGGGGUGGAGAGCAAACAUCAGCAGACCUCCCACAAGGACGAUGCCCCUACCUGUGGAAUCUGCCAUAAGACAAAGUUUGCAGACGGCUGCGGGCACCUCUGUUCCUACUGCCAGACCAAGUUCUGUGCCCGCUGUGGAGGGAGGGUGUCUCUCCGCUCCAACAACGUGAUGUGGGUAUGCAACCUGUGCAGAAAGCAGCAGGAGAUUCUCACCAAGUCUGGAGAAUGGUUCUCAUCAGGACCAAGAGGCAGGCCACUGAGCGCUGGUGCUCCCGUGGCCGUCCCUGAGACUGACAAAGACGGAAAGUUGCGCUCCAGGUCACAGGCACCAUCGGGAGCGAUCCUCGCAAACGCUAACGACACCCAGCCACCCACUGACAGAGCCAAGGGAGCGGACACCAUGCCAGCCUCACGCGCCCGGAGCGAACCACCACGAGAGAAGAAAAGGCCUCUGUCCCUACAUGAACAGAAUGGUAAGGUUGUUGGCAGAGGUGAAAAGAGAGUGGGCCCGGGCAGGCAGCCUUUACAGGCGUCAGAAGAACGUAUUCCAGGUGAAAGGAGGGACAGCAGGCGUCUGCAGAAAGGCCAUACGCAAGAAUACGAGCACCCUAACGGUGAACCUGUCCAUCCUGACCAGAGAAGGAGAAAGGAAGAUGAGGAGCGAGAGCGCCAGCGGCGGGAGGAGGAGUACCAGGCUCGUUACUGUAGUGACCCCAACCUUGCUAGAUACCCUGUCAAACCUCAGAAAGAGGAACAAGAGAUGCGCAUGCAUGCCAAAGUGUCCAAAAUGCGCCAAGAACGGCACCACAGCGACAUGGCCAUCAACGAGGUAGGACUAGCUCAAGGUGGCGGAGAGACCCUGGGCAACCGAGUGAGCAGGAGGGGAGCGACCACCGAGAUUCGCAAGGCACUCUUGGAAAACCACCGGUCGUGCUCUGUGGACAGGACCGUGGGGGGUGGUACCGGUGGGAGGCCUGGACCUCUCCAAAAACAGGGUCAUAGUGGCUCUCAUGUGAGCCCCGGGGGUCCCUUAGACCUGAGAGACGGACAAGGCUCCACUGGCUACUUGGCGCCUGGCUCGGCAGCUUUACUUCACAAGACCAAACGAGAGAAGGCUGCUGAAAGCUUUCGGAAGGAUUCCUCUCUCAGUUCAGACCAGUCAGAGUGUCUCCGACCCCCUCCGCCCCGGGCAUACCGGUCUAAGCGAGUCCUUAACAAGAGGCAGAUGUCGAUCAGCAGCUCAGAGGAAGAAGGAGGGUCUACACCUGAGUACACCAGCUGUGAAGAUGUGGAAAUUGAAAGUGUCAGUGAGAAAGGUGACUGGGACUGUCAUCCUCUAGACCCUACAAUUUGGCAUCAUCCUGUUACGUGGCAGCCGUCCAAAGAGGGAGAUCAUUUGAUUGGCCGCAUUACUUUGAGCAAACGUUCAGCUGUGCCCCAAGAAGCUGGCUCCCUGCUCGGGCUAAAGGUGGUUGGCGGAAAAAUGACCGAUUCUGGGAGACUUGGAGCUUUUAUCACCAAAGUAAAGAAAGGAAGUCUUGCAGAUAUUGUAGGACAUUUACGUGCAGGUGAUGAGGUGCUGCAGUGGAAUGGAAAGGCGUUGCCUGGAGCAACCAAGAAGGAGGUGUAUAACAUCAUUUUAGAGUCACAGUCUGCACCUCAAGUAGAAAUAGUUGUUUCAAGGCCAAUUGGAGCUACACCACGGCUUCCAGAGAGGUCACACCCUCCUCUGGAAUCAACUGGUUCCAGUUCAAUAGAUGAGUCUCACAAGGUGGAUCGUCCCUCUAUAUCGGUAAUGUCUCCCACAAGUCCAGGAAUCUUAAGAGACAUCCCUCAGGAUCUACCAGGCCAGCUUUCUGUAAAACUGUGGUAUGACAAGGUGGGUCAUCAGCUUAUCGUCAACGUAUUACAAGCCAUAGACGUUUCUCCUCAACUAGACGGCCGACCACGUAACCCAUAUGUCAAGAUGUACUUCCUACCUGACAGAAGUGACAAGAGCAAGAGGAGGACAAAGACGAUUAAAAAGAGCUUAGAUCCCAAGUGGAACCAGACGUUCCUUUACUCACAUGUGCACCGCAGGGACUUCAGAGAGCGCAUGCUGGAGAUCACCGUGUGGGACCAACCAAGAGCACAGGAGGAGGAGAGUGAUUUCCUUGGAGAGAUCCUGAUUGAGCUUGAGACUGCACUGCUGGAUGAUCAACCACACUGGUAUAAGCUGCAGACCCACGAUGUGUCCUCUCUCCCUCUGCCCCAACCCUCACCAUACCUCCCGCGUAAACACGUCCACUCAGACAGCUCCAGCAAAAAACUACAGAGAUCUCACCGCAUCAUUGAGACUGAUUAUGAUGAUGCUAUUACAGUUGUUUCUUCAGCAGACAGGAACUCCAGGGAGAUAGAGAGGUGCAGCACUCUGACGGUACCUGAGAGGCAAGCAACCAUUCAGCAUCGUUCUCGCUCCGUCUCCCCACACCGAGAGGACCAGUGCAGAUCACGCUCACGUCACACACACGUCCCCAUGCAGAGGAGUCUGGAUGAAAUUCACCAGAAUCGACAUAACUCCCAGUCACCCAUCCACUACCAUAAUACUCAGCAGGAACACAGAUCUCUAGACUCAGAUUACGACUACUCCGAGGACAGCGAGUACCUGGAAACGCACAGAUCCAUUCGGGGCGGAAGUGCCGAGUGCCUGCACACUAACAGCUCAACUCUUCCUGCAUGCCUAAAGAGUAAAUCAGUGCGGCAACUCAAAGGGGGCACGGUCUGCCCUCGUAGCACCAACCCUUGCCGUGUGCUAAGGUUUACAGAUGAGGUCAGCAGUAGUGACCUUCAGCCAUCAUUUGACAGAGUCCGAAGUGCCAGUACGACCUGCUUGAGACCAGAAAGCAGCUUUCACUCUCCUGACAGAGAAAGGCUGACAGGCAGUUUGGAUAGACCUGCCUGCACAAACACUAACAAGAAAUCCGUUGACAAUGACAGGAUUCAGCCCACCUCCAUCCUGCGGGGCAGCAGGUGGAGACGAGACAUCUCUCUCAGGCCUCUUGGCCAGGACAGAGCACAUGUGCGUGGUGGACGUUCCUCCCCUACAGAGGCUCCGUUAUCAGUACGCAGGGGGAGACAGCUUCCCCAGCUUCCUGCUAAGAGCAGCAGUAUAGAGCAAGCUUUGGCAGUAGAAGAGCGAGCACGCCAGUUGAGUCAGAUCCGAGUUUCUUCUUAUCGUCCGGGUUCCUCCGCCAGCUCAGGCCACGAUCAAGACAUGAAGCUCAAAAACAAAAGAGAGAUGUACAAGAGGAGUUGUGAUAACGUCUCAGCGAGGUCAUCGGACAGCGAUAUAAGCGAUGUGUCGGCCAUCUCCCGGGCUAGCAGUGCCUCCCGCCUCAGCAGUGCCAGCUACAUGUCUGUCCAAUCAGAGAGACCACACGGACGGAUCAGUCGUCAGGUUCGAGCCUCAGCAGGUCGCAGCAUGUUGAAGAGUACCAGCGUGAGCGGAGACAUUAAUACGCCGGAACGCACAGACGGCAGCCAGUCGGACACAGCACUGAGCACAGUUGGCAGCAGCAGCAAAAAGCGCCGCUCAAGCCUUAACGCUCGCUUUGUGGCCAUUGUGGGCAGCAGGCGUAGCCGCAGCACCUCCCAACUUAGCCAAACAGAGGCAUCCAGUAAAAAGUCAAAGGGAAGUGGGACGAUACAGCGAAGCCAGGAGACAGGCAUAGCUGUCGAGCUGCAACGCAACAUGAGUCGACAGCCGAGCCGCGAGUCCAAUAAUGGAAGCAUGGCCAGCUACAAUUCUGAGGGAAGUCCAAUCUUUCCAGCUGUGAGGGUAGAAGCACAGUUCAGUGACUUCCUCGAUGGACUCGGUCCGGCCCAGCUGGUUGGCCGACAAACUCUGGCCACUCCUGCUAUCGGAGAUAUCCAGAUCGGCAUGGUGAACAAGAAGGGGAAGCUGGAGGUGGAGGUCAUCCGUGCUCGUGGUCUCAUUCAAAAACCAGGGUCUAAAUCGCUCCCCGCUCCUUAUGUUAAAGUCUACCUGCUGGAAAACGGGGCAUAUGUGGCUAAAAAGAAAACAAAGAUUGCACGGAAAACCCUUGACCCGCUGUACCAGCAAACCCUGCAGUUUGAAGAAAGCCCACAGGGGAAGGUGUUACAAGUGAUUGUCUGGGGAGACUAUGGACGAAUGGAUCACAAAUCCUUUAUGGGUGUAGCACAAAUUCUUUUGGAGGAACUGGACCUGGCCAGCAACGUGAUUGGCUGGUACAAACUUUUCCCGCCCUCCUCUUUAGUGGAUCCCACACUGGCUUCACUGACUAGGCGUGCUUCCCAGUCAUCUCUAGAAGGUUCAUCGGCACCCGGUGCGGUUCGAUCCUAGUGCACUAACGUUUAAAGCACACUUCACACACAGAGGCUGAGACAGGACAACAAUCAAAUGCAGACAGAAAAACGCGAUGAACAAAAGACAAAGCUUUGAUGAAAUCUGACAAUCACUCCUGUCGAUUACGUUGGGUUUGUAUUGUUUUUCCUCUUUUGUGUGUCUAUAUGAAAUAAGGCCUAUACAUUCUGCCAUUUUUCUUUGUAACAAAACCGUCUGAUGGUUUCGCUCGCAGUGUGUCUGUGGAGCUACAGUAAAACACCAUGGGAUUUGGGAAACAAACUAAAGCAGGGUGAUUUUAUCGAAAUGUAUGUUUACCAGGGCGACAGAAUGUAUCGACCCUAACACAGUAACGACCUCUGACCAAGGUAUUGUGGGGUCUCUGUGGUGACCUCUCAGCAUAGAUUGAAAUUAAAAACGAUGACCCCGAGAGAAGCCGGCCAUUCCUUAGGAACAUCACAGGGCCUUUCUUGGUGCCUAAACGUAGAGGAGCCACAAACUAUGGUUCAGAAUCAGUUGAACGCUCUGGUUUACAGGAUCUUUACCACAAGCGAUAGUAAUGGAAUCUGUUCUCCUUAAUGAAGCUUCUUUUCAUACUUCUGCCAUACAAGGUCUGUGUUGUCUGUGCAAUGUGAUGAUUUACAGAAAAGGAAAAUGUACCAGAUUUAAAGAAAUGGGUCCAAAAUCAUGAUGCCAGCUUAUAUUGCGUUUUUCAU